CAAACCACCCCCCGCAGGCGCAGGAAACUUAACGGGUUGAAAUUGGUGAAAGAUAUUCUGUGGGAUGUUCUUUCCCAACUUGAUUCACUGCCCCCACGCUUUCCGCUUUUAAAUUUAGAGAUUUAUUGGAUUGGUUAGAUUUUUUAGAUGUUGAAAUUGAAAUAGUGAGAGAGCCAACACAAAUUUUUACAAAAAGAAGAAGAAGAAAAAAGCUGAGGAAAUCUCUCAACCUUCCCAUUUCUUCUUCUUCAAGUUCAGCUACUAUAGGGAGCGUAUGAGAAGGGCAUCAAGUGAACACUAGUGUUAGUUCCAUGGGGAAGAACAAGAAUAGUUCAAUGGGGAAGAACAAGAAUUUGUUUGAUACCCUCAAAAUGGAGAGUGUCAGUGCAAUAUUCACUCAUACAUAUCCCUAUCCACAUGAGCAUUCUCGUCAUGCUCUUUUUGCAGUGAUAGUGGGAUGCCUAUUCUUCAUAUCAUCUGAUAACAUCCACACCCUCAUACAAGAACUGGACAAGAACAUCAAAUGGUGGUCCAUGUAUUUCUGCUUGAUUGGAUUUUUCUAUUUUUUCUCAUCUCCUUUUAUUAGGAAGACUAUAAAGCCAAGCUAUUCAAAUUUUAGUCGUUGGUAUAUUGCUUGGAUUUUUGUGGCAGCUUUGUACCAUCUUCCAAGUUUCCAGUCAAUGGGAGUUGAUUUGAGAAUGAAUCUCUCUUUAUUCCUAACUAUAUAUAUUUCAUCUGUCCUUUUUCUCCUUGUGUUCCAUAUCAUAUUUCUUGGCCUCUGGUAUGUUGGUCUUGUUGCUCGUGUGGCGGGAAAGCGACCAGAAAUCCUGACAAUCAUCCAAAACUGUUUCGUUAUUAGCAUAGCUUGUUGUGUUUUCUAUAGUCACUGUGGUAAUCGUGCUUUUCUGAGGAGAAAAUCAUUAGAUCGCAAAAAUUCUUGGUUCUUUUCGAUGUGGAAGAAACAUGAAAGAAAUGCUUUUGUGUUGAAGCUCCUUCGAAUACAUGAAUGGAAGGACCAAAUGUGUUCAUCUUGGUUUGCUUCAGUUGGAUCUGCCAAUGAUUACCCCUUCUUUUCUAAAUGGGUUAUUUAUGGAGAGUUGGCUUGCAACGGAUCCUGUGAUGGUUCUUCAGAUGAAAUAUCCCCCAUAUUUUCGUUGUGGGCAACAUUUAUUGGCCUUUAUAUGGCAAAUUAUGUGGUGGAGAGGUCAACAGGCUGGGCUCUCACCCACCCUCUCUCAAUAUCAGAAUAUGAGCAGUUGAAGAAACAAAUGAAGCCUGAUUUCUUGGAUAUGGUUCCAUGGUAUUCAGGGACAUCAACUGAUUUAUUUAAAACAGUAUUUGAUCUCAUGGUAUCAGUUACCCUUUUUGUUGGUCGAUUUGAUAUGCGCAUGAUGCAGGCUGCGAUGAACAAGACACCUGAUGAUGCUAAAAGCGGCGAUCUUUUGUAUGACCAUUUUGGUAACAAAGACGAGCUCUGGUUUGAUUUCAUGGCAGACACAGGUGAUGGUGGAAACUCAACAUAUGCCGUGGCUCGACUUUUGGCCCAGCCUUCCCUUAAAGUUAAAUGUGGAGGCUCCAAGAAAUACCUGCCUCGUGGAGACUUACUUCUUAUUGGAGGGGAUCUUGCGGAAUCAAGAGUCCUAUUUGUCGUCUCAAAGUUAGCUCGCAAUUGUGGAAGCAUUUAUUUCAUAAAUCUUCUAGUGCUGUUGUUUACUCGAGAUUUUGGAAAAGUUUUUCAGGUUGGCGAAAAUGACUCGGUCAUCAUCAUGACACAUGAGCCUAAUUGGCUUCUUGAUUGGUACUGGAACAGUAAUAGUGGGAUAAAUGUAUCACACUUAAUUCGUGACUACUUGAAAGGCAGAUGUAAGCUUCGUAUGGCUGGAGAUUUGCACCACUACAUGCGGCAUUCUUGUGUUAACUCAGAUAAGCCUGUCCAUGUCCAGCAUUUACUUGUAAAUGGUUGCGGUGGGGCCUUCCUUCAUCCUACACAUGUCUUCAAACAUUUCAACACAUUCUGUGGAAAUUCUUACAAGAGCGAAGUUACUUAUCCAUCUUUUGAUGAUUCUAGUAGAAUCGCACUGGGUAAUAUUCUGAAGUUUCGCAAGAAGAACUGGCAAUUUGAUGUCAUUGGUGGCUUCAUAUACUUUAUAUUGGUAUUUUCGAUGUUUCCCCAGUGUAAUGUUUUCAACAUCUUGAUUGAUGAAUCUUGGUCUGGCCGCUUGAAGAGCUUCUUUAGUACAAUGCAGAGUGCUUUUAUGUUCAUGAUAGAACACUCUUACGUAUCUUUCAUAGGAUUUCUAAUGCUGAUUCUAUGUUCAUAUUCAUUCGUGCCUACGAAAUUGUCACGGAAAAGGCGAGCUAUGCUUGGUAUUCUUCAUGUUUCUGCACAUAUGGCUGCUGCACUGAUACUAAUGCUGCUGUUGGAAUUGGCUAUCGAUAUGUGUAUACGCAAUCGUCUACUAGCAACUUCAGGUUAUCACACCCUUUAUGAGUGGUAUCGGUCUAUCGAAAAUGAGCACUUCCCAGAUCCCACUGGUCUUCGAACUCGCAUAGAAAAAUGGACGUUUGGGCUCUAUCCUGCAUGUGUGAAGUAUCUUAUGUCAGCUUUUGAUGUCCCAGAGGUUAUGGCGGUUAAUAGACGCAAUAUUUGCAAGAAAGGAAUGGAGUCUUUAUCUCGAGGAGCAGCCAUUAUAUAUUAUGCAUCUCUGUUCCUUUAUUUCUGGGUUUUGUCUACUCCUGUUGUAUCUCUGGUAUUCGGGAGCUAUUUGUACAUCUGCAUCAAUUGGUUCCAUAUUCACUUCGACGAAGCUUUCUCCUCUCUUCGCAUUGCAAAUUACAAGUCCUUCACCCGAUUCCAUAUCACUAACAGUGGUGACCUAGAAGUUUUCACCCUCGCAGUCGAUAAGGUUCCGAAAGACUGGAAGCUAGAUCCUGAAUGGGAUGCGGAACCGAAACAGCCUCUUCAACCGAGCUAUCUCAGGAGGUUUCCAAGUAAAUGGAGGGCCUCUAAUUCUCCCGACCCUGUCAAUUCUGUGAGGAUUGUUGAUCAUUUUGUAAUUCAACAAUCUCCAAGAAACCCCAUCACUUGAUUAGAAUAUGACAGUCAUCUUCCUAAUGUACAGUGUUGUAGCUAGCAGGUGUAGCUUAGAACAAGAGGAGAUGUAGGAAGCUUCAAAGUGAGAGAGAGAGAAAAAAAAAAAGCUAUGUCACGUAUCAAUUGUUGUUGCAUUUGGGGACCUCACCUUUGUAUGAGAAAAUAUCAUUUAGGCUACAUAUUAUCAGAGAAAUGCUUACUCUUGUCAAUUUUCAA